AUGUACACAAACAUCUCAGGCGAGAAGGCGGUAAGCGCCUUGCUGGAGAUAUUGGAGCGAGAAGAGGACAUUCUGGAGGCAGAACGGAUACGGAAAGAAUCGUUAACACGACUAAUCAACCUGACAAUAAGGACGACAUGUUUUACACUUAAUGGCAAUAUCUACGAGCAAAUAUUUGGACUACCGAUGGAAUAUCCACUCUCACCUCUUGGCAAAUGUGUACAUGGACAAGUUGGAAAGGGAAUUCGAGAAGUCAUCACUGCAACCAAGAGGGCUCAUGUGAUACUUGGAUGA